CGUCAACACUGUUUGUAUUAUACUAUUGACUGUUUGUGUGUAAAAUACACAACACUUUUAAAGGGAUUUUGAGUUUUGUUUUCAUUUAUUUAUUUAUGAUUAAAGUUAUGAUAAGUUAUACUCUGUAUGAAUGAUAUGAUAUAAAUGUUUUAUUAAUAAAUUUAUUCAUCAAUUGCUAAAUUAUAUGUGAUAUUAAUAAUUAUAUAAAUACUUGAGUGUAAUCAUCAAUUGAAUCAAAUUUAAAUAAUGUCUCACUUGAGAUACGAUGGACGGGUGGCUGUGGUUACCGGCGCUGCCAGAGGUUUGGGCAAAGAGUACGCACUGUUGUUAUCAUCGAAAGGGGCAUCACUUGUAGUCAAUGAUUUGGGCGGCAGUCGUAGUGGAGAAGGAACUGGUAGUACAGCUGCUGAUGAAGUGGUCCGAGACAUCAUAAGUAGGGGAGGAAAAGCUGUGGCAGACUAUAACUCUGUAGAAGAGGGGCAUAAGAUUAUUAAGACUGCUAUCGAUAACUUUGGACGUAUCGAUAUCCUUAUAAACAACGCGGGAAUACUUCGCGACAUAUCAUUUACAAAACUGACUCAACAGGAUUGGGAUAUUAUACAUAAUGUACACCUGAAAGGGUCAAUGUUAGUGACCAAAGCUGCCUGGCCUUACUUUCAACAACAAAAAUAUGGCCGAAUUGUUAUGACUUCAUCACCGGCUGGUAUUUACGGAAAUUUUGGUCAAACAAAUUACAGUUCAGCUAAACUUGGUUUAGUAGGACUCAGCAAUACAUUAGCAGUUGAAGGAGCAAAAUAUAACAUCAAGUGUAACACUAUUGCACCGGUAGCUGCAUCCAGACUAACUGAGGAUAUAUUUCCAGAAAUUUUUAUGGAGUAUUUCAAACCUUCAUAUGUGGCUCCUUUGGUGGCCUGGCUUUCACAUGAGGACUGUCCCGAAACAGGCGGUCUGUUCGAAACUGCUGGAGGUUUUGUUGGCAAAUAUCAGUGGAUGCGUUCAGACGGCAAAAUAUUUACACCACCCGAUACUAUAAGUAUAGAAGCCAUUAGAGAUAAUUGGCAACAAAUUACUGAUAUGAAUCGAUUUACAUCUCCUAAUAACUUUCAAGAACAUACUUUAACUUUGGUUAAUUCAAUUAAAGAUAAAAAUGAUAAGAAAGAUGAAAUUGAUUUCUCAGAUAAUGUAUCCAAUCAUUCAACACUUCAUAAUUAUACCAUUGAUGAUACUAUACUCUAUGCAUUAUCAGUUGGUGUGUCGACUCAAGAAUCAAAACAUUUGAGUUUUCUUUAUGAAUGUAAUGAAGAAUAUUCAGUGAUUCCCACUUAUGGUGCAGUUGUUAGUCUUAGUGCUGCUAUGAAUAGUUCCCUAAUGCAAGACGCGAUGAUUGCCCUCAAUAUAACAGGAGAUGUGACUAAAUUAGUUCACGGGGAACAAUACCUUCAGCUUUUGAAACCAAUUCCUCCAUUUGGUUCACUUAAAUCAGUUCCUAAAAUAAUUGAUGUGUUAGAUAAGGGAUCCGGUGCUUUAUUUAUUAUAGGAGUUAACACUUAUGAUGAAACGGAUUCACUCAUAUUUUACAAUCAAUUAUCAUUGUUUAUGAUUGGUGCUGGAAAUUUCAAUGGAAAACGAGUAAGUGAUGAUAAUAGCAUUAUACCUAUAGUGGAACCACCUAAAAGAACACCGGAUGCUAUAAUUUUAGAAAAGACAUCUAUUGAUCAGGCGGCUCUCUAUCGUCUAUGUGGUGAUAAAAAUCCAUUACAUAUCGAUCCGAUAUUUGCAAUGGCUGGAGGUUUUCAAAAUCCUAUACUUCAUGGCUUGUGUACAAUGGGUUAUGCUUUGAGACACGUUUUGAAACAAUAUGCCGAUUAUAACGUUCGUCUAUUUGAUUGUAUUAAAACCCGAUUUGUUGGACCCAUAACUCCGGGUCAGACCAUUGAAACUCGGAUGUGGAAAGAAGGCAAACGAAUACAUUUUGAGAGCUUUAUUAAAGAAACGGGAAAACAGAUUAUUAAAGGCGCUUAUGUGGACAUCAAUCACAAUAGAAGAUCUGAUGAUUAUUUAGACAACAAUUCAAAUCAAUUUAGACUUAAUGAGAAGGAAAAUAAUAGUUUUAUACUAAAUUCAAAUGUCAUAAAUACAAACAAUGCUUUAAAUGUCGAAGAAAUAGAAAGUUAUUCAAUGGAUGAUAUAAAAGGAGAAAAUUUGGAAAAUAAUAUUAAAUUUGUUUGCGCUCCUUAUGGUAGUAAUGAUGGACAGUCAGGUGGAGGAGGAGAUGAACAUAAUUCACGAAUUGAUAAGAUAUUUGACGGAUGGCUAUCAGUUAGGAUUAGUGAUCAUAAAGAGUUGGUUCCUAUUAUUAAAACUGUCUAUCAGUGGAAUAUUACUAAAAAUAACAAAGUAUUUACUGUUUGGACUCUUGAUCUAAAAAAUGGUAACGGAGCUGUUUAUAAGGGUAGUCCUAAAACAGGAAAAGCUGACUGUACUCUUAUUAUAGAUGAAGAAGCAGCAGUCAAUAUAUUUGAAGGUCGUGAAGACGCUAUGAAAGCUUUUAUGGGCGGAAAACUGAAAAUUUCUGGCAAUAUAUUAGCCGCACAAAAGCUACAACAACUUUGGUCUGAAGAGGCGCCGCGCGGAUCAGUUAGUUUAGAUGAAAAACCAAUGGUAUCAACAAAUUCCUCACAGAAUAACUCGACAGAUGAUUUGGCUCUAUUAGAAUCAGUGCCUACAUCUGGACUCAAAUGUGAUAUUGUGUUUAAUGUAUUUAAAAAUCGUAUGCAUGAAGAGCCAGAACUUGUCCGAAGUCUUAGAGUUGUAUUUCAAUUCAAUAUAACAAUUGACGGAAAAUUGAAGACCAUUUGGACAACCGAUAAUAAAUCACGACCUGAAGGUGAUGUAUAUAUUGGUCCGCCAAAGAACGGAAAAUCAGAUUGUUUGGUGACCGUAGAAGACGACGAUUUCCUUAAGCUAAUGGUUGGAAAAUUGAAUCCCCAACGGGCAUUUAUGAUGGGAAAGUUGAAAAUUAAGGGCAAUAUAAUGCUUCUUCAAAAACUCAAUUCACUUUGGAUGGACUUACAAAAAGCUGGAAAAGCACCGGAAUUACCCUAUUUGACUGAUAUGAUGCUUAAAACAAGUGUUAUCCCUGGAUUAAGAAGUGAAUCAAUGAUUAUUGAAUUAGUCCAGAGAUUAGUUCGUUUGCCUCAACUAUGCACUCAAUUGCCUACACUUAUUGGCUUUGAUAUCACUAAAGAUAACAAAUCUGUAUCGCAAUGGACUCUGGAUUUUACUAAAAACAAAUUGACCGGAGUUUUCGAUCGGGGAUUACCUGAUAGUAAAUAUUGUAUUCUUACCAUUGAUGACGACGACUUCGUCAGACUUACAUACAAUCGACUUAAUUUACAAGACGCUAUUUCGUGCCGAAGAAUCAAAGUAUCGGGUGAUACAAGUAUACCACAAAAGAUAAACGUAUUGUUUGCAACUCCGACUACAAGAGCAAAGCUUUAAAUUAUUUACACUAUUUUAUAAUUAUAUGUAUAGUUAGAUAUAUUUUGUUA